AUGCCGUCGACAGGCUGCGAACACCUCAAACCUGCCACAAUCAAGAAAAUCACGGCCUUCCGCAAUGAAUCCAAUGCCAUCGACGCCGACUUUGCAAACUACGGCUGUCUCUCGUGCAGUUUUACCGGCAGCUUCCCCAUGCUGGAUAAACACUUCAACAAGACGAAGCACGAGUUUGCCGUCUCCUCGAGAUCCGUCUGGUGUGGGCAAUGCAACGACCUGGUCUACGAUCCGGCGUUAUUAGUCAGCAACGGCCGGGCCGUUAGCGCAAUCAGCAGCAGACCAGUCGUUAAUGGCGUGAAGCGAAAAUUGGUAGAGUCCAACGGCGGGGAGGACGAUUCUUACCUGACGACCAACACGUCGCAGCGACCGUGUGGUCGGACGGGAGUGCGCGGACUGUACAAUCUCGGCGAGACGUGCUAUAUGAACGCAGUGUUACAGAUGAUGGUGCACAAUCCGCUGCUGGCAAGCUACUUCUUGGGGAUGGGACAUUCCAUCCACACGUGUCCGAUCAACCGCGAGCUGGAGGGCAAGAAGGAGAAAGGCAACGAGUCAGAGGAGGAGCAGCAGCAGCAGGACGACGACGCCGUUAGUUCCGAAGAGAAGAAAGAACUGCCCAGUUGUGUGGCGUGUGGGAUGACAGAAGUCUUCUCCGACGUGACGAUGGUCGACCAGCCGAUCCCUGCGCAGGCCGUCAAUUUGCUCUUUGCGAGCUGGAAGAACAUCCAGCACAUGUCCGGCAAAGGCCAACAAGACGCGCAAGAGUGGUUCAUGUGCAUCGUCGACCGCCUGCAUGAGGGUGUCGCUCAGUACGUGCCCUCCCCCGACAACAGAUCCGCCAGCAACGCCGCCAACGCCGCCUCCACACCCAGCAAACAAUGCGUGUGUUUCUUCCACAAGGUCUUCUACGGCCGCUACAACAGCCAAAUCACCUGCGAUACGUGCCACACGGUGUCAUCGACCGAGGACGAGUUCUCCAGCAUCAGUCUCGACUUUAAGAAGCAGGCCAAGAAGCGCAAAAAGGCAGCCAAGGAAGCGGCCGCGAAAGAAGCAGCCGCAGCAAAGGAAACGGCCAAGGACGACGCGACCUCGAAGAAGGACACCAAAAAAGAGACUGCUGGUGGCGGCGCCGACGACCUGCGCAUCCAAAUCCCCACCCUACGCGAUAUGCUGCGCGCGUUCACGGCGCCGGAACCCCUCUCGCCGGACCAGUACCACUGCACGAGCUGCAACGACAAGCGGUCGGCAAAGAAACAGACGCGCAUCCGCAAGUUACCUGCGCUGUUAUGCGUGCAUGUCAAGCGAUUUGGCAUGACCGCUUCGUUUGCGCCCGAGAAGUACGAAGGCAAGAUGGAUUUCAGCCUCACGCUCGACAUGGCGCCGUAUACGACCCGGCCGCCGCCCAAGAACGGCGAGCACAAACGGGACGCACGGGCGAAGAAUGGCGGCGGCGGCAAGAAAGACAAUGAGUUUCUGUACGAUCUUGACUGCGUGGUGGUGCAUCAGGGCGAGCAUGCGCAGAACGGGCAUUACUUUGCGUUCUGUCGGCAGGAUAACAAGUGGUUCCGGUUCGACGAUGAGAUUGUGAGUGCCACGACCACCGAGGACGUCAUGCGACAGGAGGCGUACCUGCUGUUUUAUUCCCUCAGGAGUCUUGAGAGGGUAUAA